GGAGGUGGGAGCAGGGAAAAGCGGUUUCGACACCACGUCGAAGCAGGCGUUGCUGCUGCAGGAUUCCCACUCACUAGGUUUGAACCUUUUUAUUUUCCACAUUGCCUUCAGAGUAGCCGCCUCCCUCCCUCCCUCCUUCUCGUCACCUCGCGCCAUCAUUCAUCUCCUAACCUCUCUCUGCAACUCAAGAAGAAAGCAGCACCGGAGCAGAAGCUGUUCUAUUUUGCUGGAGUACCAUGGCGCCGGAACCGCCCAAGAAGCUCAAGUUUGCGCCAAAAGCCCCUCCUCGGCGGGCACCGAAGCCUGAAGUUAAGGCGCUAUCUUAUUUUCUUUCUUGGGUUCUUCAGAGAAAAGGUCGAGGAGACUGAUGCGGAACGGGCUAUGAAACUCAUGCAACAGUUUGAAGAAAGGUCACUCAGGGGAAGGAAUAAGAUCGAAAAGAAAGUGCAAGCAUCGCAAGUUGCAUUUGGAUUUGGUGGGAGCUCUACUUUAAAAUCAUAUGGCAUGCCCAAACUUAAGAGCAUGGGUAACAGAGAUCAGAGUUCGUCUUUUGGUGGUACUGCUACACCUGGGCUGGCUCAGAAAGAGUAUGAAGAACCAUGGGAUUAUUACAGUUAUUAUCCCGUUACACUUCCCUUGAGGAGACCAUAUUCAGGAAAUCCAGCAACUCUUGACGAGCAGGAAUUUGGGGGAUCUGGAGAACAACCAACUUAUGAUGAAGACAUACCAAGCCCUGCUGAGGAUCUUGAUUUAUUGGAGGAAAAUGUUGAACCCAGCAUGUUCUUUAUUCAGCUACCCACUAUGUUGCCUGUGACUAAAAGAUCGUCUACCACAGAAGGGAAAGAGGUAAAGGAAAGGUCUGCACCAUCUGGAGGUGCAGGAUGCAGAUUAGAAGAAUUACCUCCUGGGUUCAUGGGUAAAAUGCUAGUGUAUAAAAGUGGUGCGGUUAAGCUUAAGCUUGGUGAUACCAUCUACAAUGUUUCUGUCGGUAUGGAGGGUACAUUUGCUCAGGACGUUGUUGCAAUUAACACAGCGGAGAAGCAGUGCUGCGCUGUUGCAGAGAUUGACAAGCGUGCAAUUUUGAUCCCCGAUGUUGAAGCCAUCACAAACGCCAUGGCUGAUUUAUGAUGAUAUACACCCAAAUCACAAUAGAGUGAAGCCUAUAAAUUCAUUAAAUUCUUUCAAGAGAAAGCCAUACAGGUUACACAUCGAAAUUUUGCCUCGUGAUGUAUUACUGAUACCAACUAGUGUCCGAAGAAAGAGAAAUAUGAAGGAAAGAAAUGAAGUUUCGGUUACGUUUUGUUUCCAGUCCUGGAUCAUUAUGAGCUGUUGCAAAGAGAUUAUCUUGUUAAGAAGUCCUCCUAGUUUAAGUUAUUUGAGUGAUGCGGCCGUUCUUAAUCUUGUUUAGCUUCUGUUGAUGUUAUUGGAACAGAUGAAACUAGAGAAGGAACUUGGUUGUGAUCUUGUUCAGAUGCAUGUUCUUGAGCGCACAGUGAACUGCACAAUUGAGCUUUCCCGACCUAUGGUUCCCUUUUUUGGUUCAUACAAAAAGUC